AGUUUCCUAUGUUUCGGUUUUAAAAUUCUUCUGCUAGUUCUGCAGUUGAAUGACACAAGUGUGUUGUAAAUGUAGCCGGUUUUAAUCUUUAUUAUCAAAUGCGUUUACGGCGAAAUUGAUGUAUCAAAUGAAAUAGAAAUGUUCAAAAGGCUUUCAGUAAAAUUUAUUAAAUUCGGGAAGACUCCGAGCGCACGAUACGGCAUUCCGUUUGUAUUGUUCGUCGUAGGUGGGUCUUUUGGGCUUCAGAAGUUCACCGAGAUAAAAUUCAAAUAUGCAAACACUGGAGUACUGAUACAUGAGGAGGCAAAAAAGGCUGGUAUCGAAAUGAAAAAACCUGAGGAAGUAACUCUAGAAGCAGUAUACGAUUCUGUCAAAGAUAUCGAUAUUGAAAAUUGGAAAAAUGUCAGAGGACCGAGGCCUUGGGAAGAAUGAUAACUAGGAAUGUGAGAAUAUAAUCAAUCUGAGAUGCCAAUAGUACAUUUGUCAUUUAUUCCAACAAUACUUGGUACAGUGCUGCUUCACAGAAUAGGUAUGUUGUGUCAAUUUAAAAAAAUAAAAUGAAAUGCAGAUAUUUAUCUAGGGUAGCUUAAUAGGCUACAAAAAUAUAGGAAUAUAUGUUUACGAUGCACACAUGUUAUAUAUGUAUAUACAUAUAACUGUUGUUGCGUUGAAUGUAUUAUGAAUUUUGCAUUUGAAUGUGAUCAAAUAUAGCCAAUACUAAAUUU